CAGCAGAGACAACUACAAGCAGGAACAGUUCAAGAUGAAGAUUUCUGUGGUUGUAUUAACUUGCUUUUUCUUCUAUGCAUGUGUGUCUGAGACCACAGCUCAGCCAACAGGAGAGGUCGGUGACACAGAUGACGGCAUCAUUCAGAAACCUGGUGGCCAAGACUGUGGCGCAGCCGAAGGCCAGAAAACCAAUGAGCAACUUUAUGUCAUUUUAAGAGAGCUAGAAACCAAACUUAGAGACACUCAGACUGAGAUGGAGGUCCUGAAGUCACAAGUUCAAGGCAACAAGGUAGCAUUUGGUGCAUCCAUAAGUGCAGGUGAAAAUAGGGAAAAUAUUGGACCUUUUAAUACCCACACCACUGUGAUCUACAAAAAGGUCUACUUCAACACAGGAUCAUUCAACCGGGGAACAGGUAUUUUUACAGCUCCUGUCAAAGGAGCCUAUUACUUCAGCUUCUCUGGACAUAAUUUAUCAUCUAAAGCAAUGGGCCUACAACUGAUGAAGAAUGGACAGCAGAUGGUCACUGUCGUCAACCAUGUUGCUGGAAACCGUCAUGAGACAGCAACCAAUGGGAUGACUCUGCAGCUUGAAGUUGGAGACCACGUUUACAUGAGACUGUAUGAAAACACCUGGAUUUUUGACAAUUCAAAUGAUCAUAGUACCUUUAUUGGUUAUUUAUUAUUCCCUCUGUAAAGUUCCUGCAAAAGAAUAAAGCUAACAUACACAUGACAUAAAUUUUAUUUCACUGAUAAUAUUUAGUGGUAACACUUACAUCAGGAUAAAAAUAGAUGCUGUGUGUGCUAUGUCUUAAAUGUGAGGUGAUCUGAUGUAUGUAAUACUUUUUUUUUACAAUCAUAUUUAUAUUUGACCAAUAAAAAUCUAAUAAAACACAAAUUGUUUUCAUUGCAAAAACCUGUUUCAUUCUUUGAAAAUCAAUUUGUGGUGACGCUCCUCUAAACUUUUAUUCAGUUUUAAACAA